AUGAGUCUUCUAGGUGUAUCAUUGCCAGGAAAGGAGAGACUCAAGACAAUGGCCAGCAGUGAUCAAGAUUACCACUCUGCUUUUGAGGAAGGUUUACAAUGGUGGAUUUCAAAUGGUAUUGCUCGCUCUUGGGAAGAACUUAUUUCAGCUGUUGAGAGUUGUGGUGAUAAGGAUACGGCUAUUAUACUGAGAAAACGGCUAGAUAUCAAAGAAGAAGCUGCAAAAACAGGCAAUACUGAGGUUGUUAAAUUACUACUUAAAGAGAAUGUAGAUGUUAAUGUUCAGGAUGAAGAAGGAGUGACUGCCUUAAUGAUAGCUAGUGAAAAUGGCCAUACACAGGUUGUUGAUCUACUGCUCAAAGCGAAUGUAGAUGUUAAUGUUCAAGAUGAAGAAGGAGUGACUGCCUUAAUGAUAGCUAGUGAAAAUGGCCAUACACAAGUUGUUGAAAGUUAUGAGCCCAGAGACACUAGAGAGGAUGGCAGUAUGAAUCAAAGUACUAUGGUUGUUCCUUUGAAUGUUACAAAAUACUUCACAUGGAAAGUGCGAUGUAAGAAGAUGGCACUUAUAAGAGAAGGCUUGUGGGAUUUUGUGACCAAGAGAAAGUCGUUCCAGCAGACAAAACAACCAAGCAGUAGCUGA